AUGAGGGGGUGGGGGCGGUGGUGGUGGUGGGGGGUGAGCGCUGGGCAGGUGUUGCGCUGCGCCGAGGGGCUGCUGCUGCGGCGGCGGCGGCGGCGGCGUUACAUAAUUGCGGUGCGGGAGGCUGCGGCGGAGCCCCGCGCUGCCCCCGAGACGUGGCAACGGCGCGCCGGGCGGCCGGCCGCGGGAGGCGGAGCGCGCUGUCACGCCCGCAGCACAACUCAAUCGCGGCGCCGACGCCGGCCCGGCAACACGCGUCUCUCCGUCCGUCUGUGCGAGCGAGUGCGCGGAGCGUCGUGUCGCGUAGCGCGAGUGUGCGAGCCAGUGUCCGCCCGAGUGCCAGUGGGACGCCGCCUCCGGCCGACGCGACCACAGCCGACUUCACUCCACCUCGCAGGCACGCAAGAUACUCCGUGGCGCGGUUUUCGUUCGCCGGGAUCGAGCUGUGCUGGGGACCUAGCGCCUAUGGACGUUCUGCUACCAUGUCUGUCAGGGCGCUGUACCCAAGUUAGCGAGCAACGUCCUGCUGAGGCGGCAGAGUGAUGUGGCGCCGGCUGCUGCUGGCGGCCGCCGCCCUCGCGUCCGGCGCCGCCUCCGUCGCGCCCGCCUCGUCCUCCGCCUCCGGCGCCGCCCCC